AUGUCAAGGUCGUUGUUAGCAGAGAAGAUCGGAGCAGCAGGGCGGGUGGUGGCGGUGGCGAUUGAGAACAACAAAACAAGCCAGGAUGCAGCAAAAUGGACAGUUGAUAAUCUUCUUCCAAAAGACCAAGUUCUCGUACUUAUCCAUGUUAGACAACAAGCAUCUUCCAUUCGCUCACCAUACGGAAACCUUUUACCCGUUAAUGGCGACGAUGAUCUGGGAAGAGCAUACAGGCAACAAAUGGAGAAUGAAACCAAAGAGCUUUUCGGCUCAUUUCGUGUCUUCUGCAAUAGAAAAAAUAUACAAUGCAAAGAAAUCUUGCUGGAAGACACGGAUAUACCUAAGGCGAUAAUAAAUAGCAUUACAUCCUAUUCCAUUGAACUUUUAGUACUUGGAUCAUCAAAGAGCAGCUUUCUCAAAAAAAUCAGGGGUGCGGAGGUUCCAAACCAAGUAUCGAAAGGGGCACCACCAUUCUGCACUGUGUACGUUAUUAACAAAGGAAAAAUCUCAACUGUGAGAUAUGCAACUGCUCAAUUAACUGUUAGACCCCGUAACAGCAUAUUGCCGCUGCACUCUACUCAGUCUCCGUCUCCAUCUGAGUCUUACUCUGAGUCUCAGUUCUUCAGUGCUGAAAGAUUCGAUUCGCGGCUGACACGCAACCACCCUCCACGACCACUGGAGAAACCUGGAUACCAUGGACGGCAGUCCUUGGAGGACUUCUCAAGCCCAAUCAACAAACUUGGUAGACCAGAGCCCAAACCAUAUGAACCUUCGAUGACUCAAUGCGAUAUCUCAUUCGUGAAUGGAAAGCCAGGGGUUGAUAAGUUGUUCUCUUUAUUGUAUGACGAAAGUGUGGACGAUGGAGCUCCCCCUCGUCUUUCUUUGGGAUCCGACUUUGGAGUUAACCUUCUCGACUGCGCUUUCACUUCACAAGAGACAGCUAAUUUUAGCGACGGAUACUCUUUUAAUUCACAGGACAGUGGAGCAUCAUCAAGCCUAGCUAUUUUGGAUGAAGUGGAGACUGAAAUGAGAAGACUUAAGCUAGAACUUGAGCAGUCAAUGGAUGUGUAUAGCACAGCAUGCAGGGAGGCUUUGGUAGCAAAGCAAAAGGCAUUGGAGCUUCGUAAUUUGAAAAUGCGAGAAUGGAAGAAGUUUCACGGGGAGCAAACUGCUGAAAAAGCAGAGUUGGAAUUAGCUACUAAGGAGAAAGAAAAGUGUAGAGCAGCCUCGAAUGCAGCGGAAGUAUCUAGAAAAAUAGCAGAGUUGGAGGCUAAGAAAAAAAUGAAUUGUGGGAUGAGAAUGAGAGCAGAAGCGGAGCUAAAGCAGUCGGGAGAGGGUUUGUUAUACGGGGGUUCUGCGAGGUAUAGAAGAUACACGGUUGAGGAAAUUGAAGCAGCGACAAAAGGCUUCUCCAACGCUCUCAAGGUGGGUGAAGGAGGUUAUGGGCCAGUGUAUAAGUGUGAACUAGAUCACACACUAGUUGCAAUCAAAGUACUUAAGACAAAUGCAUCUCAAGGAUGGUCACAGUUUCACCAAGAGAUUGAGGUGCUAAGCUGCAUAAGGCAUCCACACAUGGUUCUCCUGCUGGGAGCGUGUCCGGAGAUUGGAUGCCUAGUGUACGAGUACAUGGCUAAUGGAAGCUUAGACGAUUGCCUGUUCCACAGAGGCAAUGCACCAGUGCUCCCAUGGCAGUUAAGAUUCCGAAUUGCUGCAGAGAUUGCAACUGCCCUUCUUUUCCUCCACCAGACAAAGCCGGAGCCACUGGUGCACCGUGACUUGAAACCUGGAAACAUUUUGCUUGAUCGCAACCUGGUGAGCAAGAUUGGUGACGUCGGGUUAGCAAGGCUUGUCCCUCCUUCGGUUUCAGACGUUGUCACACAAUAUAGACUCACAUCAACUGCAGGAACUUUCUGCUACAUUGAUCCCGAGUACCAGCAAACAGGGAUGCUUGGAGUCAAGUCUGAUAUUUACUCACUGGGAGUCAUGCUUCUUCAGAUCAUAACUGCAAGGUCACCAAUGGGUUUGACUCAUCAGGUUGCGAAAGCCAUUCAGAGAGGCACUUUUGCUGAAAUGCUUGACCCUGCUGUUGAGGAUUGGCCAAUUCAACAUGCCUUGCAUUUUGCAAAGAUUGGCCUCAAAUGUGCAGAGAUGAAAAGAAAAGAUAGACCUGAUCUUGCAAAAGUUGUAUUGCCUGAGUUAAACAAGCUCAGACAGUUUGCUGAAGAAAACACGCCUAUGAUGAUGUUUGGUGUUGGCGCAGGAUCCGCUUCUCGCUCUACAACAACUUCCUUAUUUCAAGACACCAGUGAAACUCAAUCGUUCUCUGAAAUCUCUGAAAGUAGCCUCUCAAGCACGCCCUCAAUCGAGAAAAUUGAAAGUUCCGGGCUUGAGGCGGAAGUUACACUUGGCAUGCGCUUUUAA